GGCAGGGUAGAGAGGGCCAACAUACCGGGUCCUGCCAUGGUGAGGAACACGUGAGGGAGGGCAGCGCUAUGCGGGCGUGGCGCGGUUAGCUCUAACACCGGAGAGUGCCUCUCUGCCACCAUGGACAGGGCCCAGCGUCUGCGCCUCAUAUUGCAAGGACUCAUAUGGGCCUGGAUCUACCGGCAUGUAGACGCGGAGGGGGGCAGCCUGUUGGAGGUGGUGGGCAUGGCGGGGCAGCCGCUGGGUGUAGUGGAGACGAGGGGGAUGUGCGACAGCCGUCCCGGUGACCCAGGGGAACCUGACAUGGCCUACAAGAUCACCAAGCAAGCCGUCCUCACUGUUCCGACCGCCAACCUCUUUCCUGUUGAAUUCCCCGAAGACUUCAGUAUCAUGGUGACGCUCAGACCGAAACAGGGGUCGAGUUCGGUUCUCUUCGGACUGUACUCGGACUCGGGCGACGACCAGCUCCUGGUGGAAGUGGGCGACACCAUCAAGCUCUUCUACCAGGACGCCCACGGUAACCCUGAAGACGGAAACACACUAGAAUUCGGCGCAGCAAUCAAUGACGGAAAGUGGCAUCGGGUAGGUUUGAGCGUGAAGGGCAACAGCGUGACACUCCUGGUAGACUGUCAUACCACCACCAACCUCAUCCUGCCUCGGAACUCCCCUUCACACAUUUCCAACGCCGGUAUCAUCCUCCUCGGUCAACAGCUGCUUGAGGAGAAGUAUUUCGACGGCGACAUUCAGCAACUAGACAUCGUGUCAGGACCCGAGGCGGCUUACGACCACUGUCAGAUCUAUAUGCCCGAUUGUGACCAAGAACUACCCGACCCGCUCCUGCUGGCCUCCUCUACCCAGCUCGAGUAUGUCGGCGGCAGCGAUGAUGAGACAGUGUACUCCUCCAAAGUAUCCGCCGAGAACUAUACCUCCGUUGACAACUUUACCUCUACCGAUUAUGAUGCGGCCGCUGCUGCUAGCUUUCUCCCAUCUGGCGUCCUGCGAGGUUAUCCAGGACCCCCAGGCCCACCAGGUUUUCCUGGUGAUAAAGGUGACCCCGGCAGGAGCGGCAUAGCGGGUACUAACGGCAUCUCCGGUCCACCUGGUCACGUCUUCAUGAUCCCGCUGAACCUGCAAGGCAACCAGAAGGGUCCAGACCAGAUGCUGGAGCAGUUUCAACAGCAACUGUCCCAACACAUGAUGGCCAUGCAGGGAGUGGCGGGUCCUAGGGGUCUGACCGGCCUCCCGGGACCCGAAGGACCUCAAGGAGAGCCUGGUAUCAAGGGAGAACCUGGAGACAUGGGAGAACCGGGCCCGAGAGGUAUGAGAGGGCAGCUUGGUCAGAUGGGGGCAAGAGGUCGAAGGGGCCGUCCAGGAAGAGAUGGAGAGCGCGGUCUGUCCGGUAGUCCUGGAGCCAAGGGCGACGUCGGGCUCAGAGGAUUACCAGGUAUGCCCGGAGAGAAGGGUCAUCGAGGAGUGAUUGGCAUUCCGGGAGAGUCAGGUCUUCCAGGUCACGACGGUAUGCCAGGUGAACCCGGAGCUCCAGGUGUCCCCGGUCUACCUGGAGAGAUGGGUCCACGAGGAUUCAUCGGCCCUCGAGGUUUCCCUGGCCUCCCUGGACCUCCCGGCAUCCCUGGCAGCGAGGGUUCCACCGGGCCCGAAGGUGAUGCUGGGCCCCCUGGUCAACCUGGGCCCCCCGGCCAGUCUGGUCCCAACGGGCCUGUCGGUCCCCCGGGACCCCAAGGUCUGCUAGGUCCUCCUGGUCCAUCAGGUCCCAGAGGUAAGCCCGGCCUACCUGGCCUUGUAGGGGCGGAUGGUUUACCUGGCCACCCCGGCAACCCUGGAUCCAUGGGUUCUAAGGGUGACAAAGGCCCUAUUGGAUCCCAGGGUCGAAUUGGGUUCCCGGGUCCUCGUGGAGUGAAGGGUGACCAGGGCAACAGAGGACUCCAGGGCGAGAAAGGGAACAAGGGAGAACACGGACCCGACGGACCUAAGGGAGAUAUGGGCAUGAAGGGAGAUCGAGGAGAGGUCGGCCCUGAUGGUCAGAUUGGCCUGGAGGGACCUGAAGGACCUAAGGGUUUUGAGGGCCCCCGUGGAGAGAGGGGUUCACCAGGCUCCCACGGAGACAAAGGCAAGCUUGGGGUCCCCGGAUUCCCAGGCUACCCGGGCCCUCCUGGAGAUAAGGGAGGAAAGGGCUCCCCAGGUCUCCACGGGCGACCAGGAGACAAGGGCGAACGAGGUAACCCAGGGCUACCAGGCGCACGUGGCGAACAAGGACCGAGAGGCUUCCGUGGAUCUCGAGGCCGAAGAGGAAAAACAGGUCUUUCGGGCCCCAAGGGUGAUACUGGCCAGCCAGGACCUCCGGGACCUAACGGUGAACAAGGAGGACAGGGUCCUGAAGGACCCCCUGGUUUCGCGGGAUCAACAGGUCCUCCAGGUAUUGACGGGAAGGACGGCAUCGCAGGACCCCCAGGAGAACGAGGACCUCCAGGUGAACCAGGAAACCAAGGCCCCAUUGGACCCCCCGGUGUGGUGGGUCCCGUGGGAACAGCUGGAGAGCCCGGUCCUACAGGAGAACCGGGACCGCCUGGCUCCCCCGGUGUACCAGGAGAGGAGGGCAGACCGGGUGAGUCCGGGAAGGAGGGACCACCAGGACCAAUGGGACCCCCAGGCAAGAUCGGACCCGUAGGGCCCCCAGGUCUGCCAGGCUUUCCUGGAGAACGUGGACUGUCUGGCAUCCCCGGUGCCACAGGUCUCAAGGGCGAAAUGGGUCCUCCAGGGCCUGCCGGAACCCCAGGAGACAAGGGUGCCAUGGGCCUGGCCGGAAACCAAGGGCCCCAAGGACCUCCAGGAAAAGACGGACCACCAGGACCCCGCGGGUCUUCAGGAGCGAAGGGAGAGAGGGGUGACCAAGGCGCCCCGGGACCCACUGGCCGAGAUGGUCUUCCUGGCCCACGCGGUCCGCCUGGUGCCCCUGGACCUGUGGGAGAGCCUGGGGAGGACGGCGACAAGGGCGAGGCAGGACAACCAGGAGAGAAAGGCUUCAAGGGUGGCAAGGGCAACCAGGGUCCCCCAGGUCCAGCAGGGCCCCAGGGAUUGCGAGGUGCUCCAGGAACUCCCGGGGCCCCUGGGGAACGAGGUGCUCCAGGGAGAAUGGGUCGAACAGGAAGGAAAGGCGAGGACGGGCCUCAAGGUCUGCCCGGACCUGCUGGCCCAGCAGGAGUACAGGGGAUGCCAGGAGCCUCGGGACCAAAGGGUGAAAAGGGUGAUAUAGGAAAUCGAGGUCUUCCUGGUCCCCUUGGUCCUGCUGGAGUGGCCGGGCCAGUGGGUAGUAAAGGUGCGACUGGAUUACCGGGUCCCACCGGUCCUGAUGGUCUCCAGGGAGAGAAGGGAGAGUCUGGCCAGCCUGGACUACCCGGUCCACCCGGCAAAGAUGGAGAACACGGCAGAAUGGGCCCCCAUGGACCAAAGGGAGAAGAGGGGAAACCCGGACCACAAGGGUCCCCAGGCAUCCGAGGACCUAUAGGAGUACCCGGACCUAAGGGAAAUGCCGGACCACCAGGCUUCCCUGGACCACACGGAGAACCAGGCAAGCAAGGACCAAAAGGCGUACCAGGGAAGGACGGCGAGGACGGCAAGCAGGGCGCGACGGGGCCCCCAGGUGAAACAGGACUCCCCGGCCAGAUGGGUCUACCAGGAGCUGGUGGCAAACCUGGUCCUGAAGGUCCAGCAGGCCAGCAGGGUCCGACAGGUCUGCCAGGAGAGAAAGGUGACAGAGGCUUGACUGGUCCCACCGGCUCCAUUGGUCCAACAGGGUCACAAGGUCUACCUGGACCUCAAGGCCUGCCUGGUCUCCGUGGAUCACCGGGUCCUGCAGGAGAAGUGGGUGUGCCGGGCAAGGAGGGCAAGGUCGGCCAACCUGGUCUGCCUGGGAGCAGUGGACAGACGGGACAGAAGGGCAGACGAGGACGGCGAGGAUCUAAAGGCCACCGAGGAGAGAUUGGUAUUGCUGGAUCUAAGGGCGAGAUGGGCGAAAAAGGCGAGCCGGGCAUGAAGGGCCCUCAAGGACCUCUUGGCAUCAAGGGCGAGCCCGGUCCUGUCGGCAACAUAGGAAACAAGGGUGCCGAUGGUCCCCAAGGUCUACCUGGAUUAGGGGGUCCCCACGGUCCAAAGGGAGUACCAGGUUCCACAGGGCCCAAAGGAGAGACAGGGCCAUAUGGUCCUCCAGGUCCCCCCGGUCCACCUGGGGAGCUGCCACUGUUGCCUCCAGAACUUCUCUUCCAGCGUGAUGCUCCCUAUGAUCCUGACGACUCUGAACGCUUCAAGAGGGCAGCCAAGCCGGACGACGACUGUAGGAUAGGCGAGGAAUGUAACUCCUCCUCUCAGCCUGAAAACCCCCUUUACCCUGGGAGAGGAGGGCGAGGAGGAGGUAGGCGUCGGAGGCCCAGUCCCAGUCAGGUGGAUAGACGGAACAAGAGUCGUGGCGGCAGAGCGCGAGGUAACUCGGGGCAACAAUCUGGUGGUCAUGGUGGUGGUAACAAAUUCAGAGAACGCAAGACUCGUCGUAAGGGUGAGGCAGGAGAUGACUUCGAUAUUAAACUGAUGGACAUGUACACCAACAUCUAUACCAUGAGGCAGGAUCUGGAGAGGAUGAAGAAACCAAUUGGCACGAAGGAUAACCCAGCCAGGACUUGCAAGGAUCUUUACUACGGGCAUCCCAAGUUCAAAGAUGGCUGGUACUGGAUUGACCCUAACCUCGGUAUGCCUGACGAUGCGGUCUACGUCUUCUGCAACAUGACGGUGUCCGGUGAAACGUGUGUGUUCCCCGACGUGCACUCCUCCAAGAUCAUCAACAUCCCCUGGAGGAGAACCGCCAGGGAGGAUGCAUGGUUCUCCGACCUCAGGGGCGGAUUUCCGAUCACGUACGAGACGACGGGCGUGGUCCAGAUGACCUUCCUGAGGCUACUGUCCUCCUAUGCCUAUCAGAACUUCACCUACACCUGCGUCCAGUCUAAGGCCUGGUUCGACGAGGACAACCUCAACCACAACAAGGCCAUCAAGCUCAUGGGGCAGGACGAACAGAUAUUUUCCAUCGAUACGAUCAAACCGAACGUUCUCACCGACGGAUGUGCUACGAAAAGUGGUGUACCAGGGAAAACGCAGACAGUGUUUGAAGUUCGAUCGAAGGACCUGGCCCAUCUCCCCCUCGUCGACUUCCAGCCUACGGACUACGGCCUUCCCAACCAGGCGUUCGGCUUCGAGGCGGGUCCAGUCUGUUUCAAAUAAUUCAACCCAACUCCGACUCUCGCAUUCAGCAGCUAUGAUGUCCUCUUCAUGCGCAGCCGAGUUGCCAAGGUGGAGCCAUCGAGCAUUCUGGUUACUUCCUUACAGCCGAGGCUUCUCUCGGAGGUCAUGGAGGUGCAGGAGUGACCCGAGUAGUGGUGGAGACACCGUGUGGACGCAGGAGGCGUCUGGAUCAGACAUAGGAACUGCUGCUGAAGGAUGCGCAACACCCCGGCUAAGACGACGUCUAAGGACCUCUAUUGGACCCCGAAGGAUUGACUAUACGAUGACGACCCUCGCGAGACCCGACCACUCUAUGGACCCCGAGUCUUCGGACUCUCAUGAUGGCUACUUGGCGUUGAUGACUGACCACUCAAGGACUCACCGUAGUGAACUCUCGUGUAGUGUUGAUGUAGUAAGCAGCAUCUCUGAAAAAAAUCAUCCCGAUUCGCGUGAUCUGGGGAUGGGAUGGACCUAUAAGCACAGUCCUAGUGGCUGUGUUAGGCGUGAUGAUGGUGAUAAUUGUACAAAGUGUAUACAGUUGGGGUUAUUGUGCUUAAUUAUUGUAAGCCAUGGCGUUGUUGUUGUCACUGCCAGUAUCUCUUGUCUUUACUUUCACCCACUGUUCUACUUUCUUUCCUGUAGGGGCGAUCAAUUAAGAUAUUGCUUAUAUGUUAAGGAUAGUUUUUUUUACAAUUUGUAUAAAGUCUUAACUAAAUAUUGGAAGUGUCCAAUUAAGUUUUUAUUAUUAGACAAGAAUGGAUCUGUUCUUGAAUAAUA